CUACAACUUACAGUUUUGAGCUUAAUAGCUUAUUGCUGAUUCAUCUUGUUACCUUUAAUCUUUUGUUGUUAUUUCUUCUUUGUUUUUGAUACCCUUUCGCUCUUCGUUCCGUCACAAUGAACACACUAGUCUAUCGUGCGGAUCCUCCCCUUGAAGGAUGCACUGAAGUAGGACUCCCUGGGUGCGAAGUCGAAAACACAAUCUAUGGCUACUAUCCGAACCUCGGGGCCAACGUCUUCUUCGCUGCCUACUUCGGCCUCGCAUUUGUCUUCCAAAUCUACUUUGGUAUCCGGUACAAGACAUGGACGUAUAUGAUUGCUUUGGGCUGCGGUUGUCUCGCAGAGUGUAUUGGAUACAUUGGACGAAUACUCCUCCACGAAAACCCCUGGAAUGAUGUUGGGUUCAAUAUCCAGAUCGUGUUGCUCAUCUUCGCACCAGCAUUCCUAGCAGCAGGCAUUUACCUGACACUCAAGCACGUCGUCAUUCAAUUCGGUCAGGAAUGGUCAAGACUGAGGCCAAGUUGGUACACAUACAUCUUCAUCGCAGCCGAUCUUCUAUCUCUGGUUCUUCAAAGUGCCGGUGGCGCUCUUGCAGCUACGGCAGAAGAUGGAGAUGCCAUUUUGGAUAUUGGAACGAACAUCAUGAUUGCCGGUAUCAUCUGGCAGGUUGUUGCGCUCGCCCUCUUCGGUCUUCUCGUCCUCGAAUACAGCAUCCGCACCUACCGCCGCCGCGAUCGCCUCUCACCAUCUGCCCUUGCACUCUGGGAGAAUCGACGCUUCAAGUUCUUCUGUAGCGCUGUCAUAGUCGCCUAUGUUACCAUCUUAGUCCGAUGCGUGUAUCGCAUUCCCGAACUACUAGGCGGUUGGGGCGGUGAACUCAUGCAGGAGGAGGUGGAAUUUAUCAUCUUGGAGGGUGCGAUGAUUGCGAUCACAGUGCUGGCACAGACGGUGUUCCACCCUGGACUUUGCUUCCCUCCCCUUGGGAAUACCUUUGGAAAGAAGAAGCACGUCGACACGAAUACACUGGAGACAGGGACUGCGAUGUCGGAACAAGAACGCAUCCACAAUUAGGACUUGUUCUAAGCGGCGUCUAGCGCAUGAUGGAUCAGUCAAACAAUGGAUGGAAUGGUAUGAAUAUGUAGAUUUAGCGUUUUGGGUGGAGGCGUUGCUCGCCUGCUUCUUGGUGCGACCUCUUGUUAUCUGCGAAUUUUGUGCAAGUAUAUACAUAAAUUUUCUAUUCAACGGCGUUUGCGUCGAAGAUUUAUCGAGUUUAAUGUGGGACAAGUAUAUAUAGAAAAAGGGAAGUCGAGGGUG